AAUAAUAAUACGUCGACGUUUGACGAAAAAAUUUCCGAAAUUUUCUUCCACGCGCGCACACACGUUAACGCGCACUACGGUAUUAUGUUUUCUACUCGCCCGGGCGGUUCGGUAGACGUUUACACCGAGUCUGACACUGGCCCGGUACGGCGGUCGCGCACAGUUUUCGCUUUGAACACAUUAUUUUGACUAUUGUGAAGUCGCCUUUAAACCGAUAUACCGACGUCCGACAGUCUUCGCCGUGGCAAUAUAAUAUAAUAUCGUCAUCGUUAUUUUCGUUACCUAACUUUUUGUUUUUCACCGACCUCCUCGUUUCGCGUCCUGCAAUGACGUCCGCGUGAGAAGACACCGGGUUGCGGAGGCGUACGAUCAUCGAAGGGUCGGUGACGGCGGAAACAGCAUCAGAGUACGUUCUUUUCCGUGACCACCCCGUGUGACUGUUCUGCUUGUUUGUACAGUACUGCACAUUAAUGUGCCCAAGGUAUAAAAGGCCACCAUUAAAGUGAUCAAAAUCAUGGAUUAUAUUGCUGCUAUUGAUGUAGGAACAACUAAUUUGAAAUGCCAAAUUUUUUCGCCAGAUUUUCGUGUUAUGGGAUCUUCUAUACAAAAAAUUAAUAUAUUAAAACCUUUUCAAGGAUGGGAAGAAAUUAAUCCAAGUGAACUACAAAAUGGUGUAAAACAAGUAUUACAAAAUGCAUUAAAAGAUGCAGAUCUCAAGUCCAAUAAUAUAAAAAGCAUAGGUUUGUCUACACAACGAAAUACAUUCAUUACUUGGAAUAAAAAAACUGGUGAACAUUACCAUAAUUUUAUUACAUGGGGAGAUUCACGAUCAAAUAUAAUAGUUAAGGAGUUGAAUAAAUCAAUAACCUUCAAAAUAGUCAAAUAUAUUUCAAAAAUAUUAUAUUUAAUAUUUGCAUCAAAACAACUUAAAGUUGCAAAAUCAUUUACAUUUUCAAACAUACAAAUUUUGCCUAAACUUUUAUGGUUAUUACAAAAUAAUCGAAAAUUCAGACAAGAUAUGAAGAAUAAUGACGUACAAUUUGGCACAUUAGAUACUUGGUUAUUAUAUCAAGCCAGCAAUGGUAAAUUACAUGUGACUGACGUAUCUUGUGCUAGUGCUACUGGAUUGUUUAACUUGUUCACCAUGUCUUGGAUGCCUAAUCUUGUGUUUCAAUAUUUCGGGAUCACAAGUACUAUACUUCCAAGUAUUUGUGAUUCAAACAUAUUAAAGUAUUUAAUAGAUAACAAUAUAACUUGCAAAAUCUCCAAUAUUACAAUUGCAUGCUCGCUUGCUGAUCAAUCAGCAUCACUGUACGGAACAGGUUCUUUCUCAAAAUAUACUGCCAAAGUUACAAUGGGGACAGGAAUGUUUCUAGAUAUAAACUGUGGUUCAUUACCGGAAGUAUGUUUAGGUUAUUUUCCAUUAGUGGGUUGGACAUUGAAUGACGAUAUUUGUUUUUCAUUGGAAGCAGUUGAUUACAACAGUGGAUCAUUAAUUCAACUUGCAAAAUCCAUUGGUGGUUUCAAUAAUCCAAAAGAAUUGAAUACGUUAAAGCAAGGGAAUGAAUUUUCAACUGAUAGUUUAUUAUUUGUAUUACCUGAAUCUGAGCCAUCCAAAUCAAUAAGAAGAGAUUACAGUUUUAUUGGUGUUACGACGUGUACUACAAAAACAGAUAUGGCAUUAUCUAUUUUAGAAUCUUUUGCAUUUAGAAUUAAAAAAAUAUUAGAUAAUUAUCACAAUGAAAUGCCACAAAUGAAAUUGAAUACUUUAUGGGUUGAUGGUGGUGUGUCUCGUAAUGAUUACAUUUGUCAAACAAUUGCUAAUGUAACAUCAACUACAGUUGUAAGAAUGAAAAACAGUAAUAGAACCGAAGUAUCAUGUUUAGGUGCAGCUUUCAUGGCUGGACUGUCUUCUGGUGUAUGGAAAAAUAAAAGAGAAUUGGAGAAUUUUAGAAACAGAACAGACCAAAAAUUUGUUCCAGAUAAUAAUGAUUACUUUGCAAAUGAAUAUAAAUACAUAAGAUGGUUAUAUAACCAAAAAUGUUUGUAUUAAAAAUACUAACUUUUUUAUUUUUUUGUAUUAAAACAAAACGAAACAUGAUAUUAUGUACAAUCUCAAAAAAUAAAACUGUUUAAUACAUAAAAAUAUGAUGACAAAAGCUUA